ACGGAGGAGCGGAGACCCACAGCCUGCGUUCACCGUGGGCGAACCGUAGGAUUUCAGCCUCUGGAUUUUUACACGCGACGGGCGUUUUUUUCUCCCCCUCCCGCCCCCCCCCUCUCCACCUUCGGUCCCUCUCUUUUUUAUUUAAUGAGGAUAAAAGGCAAAACAAGAGACACUCGUAAAAGGGCAACUCCUUGGACAUAUUCUCCCUCCCUAGCCGAGGUCGUCUAGCUGGAGACCCGUUGUCUUGCGUGGCACAAGUCUAGUGUUUUUCUUCGGCUACAAAUCCCGAGAUAAGUCCAACCCGAAGGACCUGGAAAUUUGUUUUUUUUUAAUUUUUGUAAAGCGACUUCUCACUGCGGGCAAGGACUGCGUGCUGGGGAUCGACAGCCAGUGUUUUGGCUGAAUGGCAUAGGCAAAAAAAAAAAGAAGAAGGUUUUUCAUUCAUUUUUCAACCUCCCAGCCACCACCCCUGUGGAUCUGGACGUGUUUUCUACCCCACUCCCCCCACCCUCCCCUCAUACGGUCAUUCACACGGGGGAUUCUUGCGAGCGACACUGGCGUUAAUUUAUUAUGGUGGUAUAGGCCACUAAUAAUAACAAUUAGUCUGAUAUUUGGGUUGUUAUUGCCAGGCCUGAUACGCACUGUACGCGCACUGCUGUUUUUAAGAGAUGGAGACUGAAGAUGGGGAUUACCAUCAUUUAUCCAGUAAAAUCACUGGCUUGUGUGCCAUACCAGCCGACGUCAAAGUAUCCUGUGAUUGGCAAAAAUAGCAGACUGUUUUAGUGUCUCCCCCCGUCCCCCCCAACCCCCCCACUUCAAAGGAAUUCCCUGUUAUAACAAUUUAUACACAUUUAUUUAUAUUCUUUUAGAGCAAACCCUGGCAGAGAAGCACACCACGCAUCCGCAGGCUGCCAUAUAGACUAGCCUUUCUGGGCUACAGACAUAUUUAUUUUCCCUUUCCCCCCUCCCCACAUCAAGGUUGUUUUUUUUAAGGGGCUGGUGUAACAACCUUAUUAUUUUUUAUUUACAUUUUGUUCCUGACUUUUAAUUUUAAUUUUUUGGAUUUUUUUGGAGAGCUGAAUAAUGUUAAGGAACAUGAGAUCUGACACACCAAUGGGUAGCCCGACCUUGUUUUGGGGUCUGAUGCUGUCUGUCUUCACUAUCUGCAUCUGGUCCACAUAUGGAGAGAUCUGUGGUCCUAGUAUCGACAUCCGAAAUGAGAUCAGUGAGUUCAAGCGGCUGGAGAACUGCACAGUGGUGGAAGGCUACCUACAGAUCCUCCUCAUCAACGACAAGACCAACAACAUCCACCAGGAGCUCUUCCGCUCCCUCAGCUUCCCAAAGCUGACUGUCAUCACCGACUACCUGCUGCUGUUUCGCGUCUCGGGCCUGGACAGCCUAAGCAUGCUCUUCCCCAACCUGAGUGUCAUCCGCGGACGCAAUCUCUUCUACAACUACGCCCUGGUGAUCUACGAGAUGACCAGCCUGAAGGACAUCGGCCUGUACAACCUGAGGAACAUCACGCGGGGAGCCAUGCGGAUUGAAAAGAACCCUGAGCUCUGCUACCUGGACUCGGUGGACUGGUCUCUAAUUAUGGAUGCUGAGUUCAACAACAUUAUCAAUGGGAAUAAGAAGGUAAAGGAGUGUGACAAUGUCUGCCCAGGCAUCAUGAAGGAUAACCCUCUUUGUCAGAGGACGUCGUUCAAUGACAACUACGACUACCGCUGUUGGACCUCCAACCAGUGCCAGAAAGUAUGCCCAGGACACUGCAAGCUUGCCUGCACAGACAAGGGGGAGUGUUGCCACAGCCAGUGCCUGGGCAGCUGUACCGAGCCCAACAACGACAUGGCCUGCUCUGCCUGCGUCCACUACCACCACGAGGGUCGCUGUGUGCCAGACUGUCCCCGAGACACCUACAAGUUUGAGGGCUGGCGCUGCAUCACCAUGGACCUGUGCUCUCAAGUGCACCUGCCUGGUGACACUCACUUUGUCAUCCACAGGGGAGAAUGUAUGCCCGACUGCCCCUCCGGCUUCACACGCAACGAGACUAAUCGUAUGUUAUGCAGUGCCUGCAAUGGCCCGUGUGAUAAGCCCUGCACAUCCCCAGUGAUUGACUCUGUGGAUGCUGCUCAGUCCCUGAAGGACUGCACCAUCAUUGCAGGCAAUCUGGACAUCAACAUUCGCCGUGGAAAUAACAUAGCGUCUGAGCUGGAGAGCUUCAUGGGAUUGAUCCAGAGAGUGACGGGCUAUGUGAAGAUUCGACACUCCCACGCACUUGGCUCGCUGUCCUUCCUCAAGAGCCUGCGUUACAUCAAUGGGCAGGAACUCAUCGACAACAUGUAUGCGUUCUCCGCCAUCAACAACCAGCACUUGCAGUAUUUGUGGGACUGGAGCCAGCACAACCUGACCAUUCUGAAUGGACGUCUCUUCUUCCGUCGGAACCCCAAACUCUGCAUGUCUGAGAUCCACAAGAUGUGGGAAAAGACGAACAUAACUGUGAAGCCAGAGGAGGGGGACUUCCGUAACAAUGGUGAAAGAGCCAGCUGUGAAAGUCACAUCUUGAAGUUCAAGUCCAACAAUACAUCAAGCCAUAAGGUCAGGAUGAUAUGGGAGCGCUACCAGCCACCGGACUAUGGAGACCUUAUCAGCUUCAUAGUCUACUACAAGGAGUCCCCUUUCCAGAACAUCACAGAGUUUGACGGCCAGGAUGGCUGUGGCUCAAACAGCUGGCACAUGGUGGAUGUGGAUCUCCCUCAGGAUAAAAACAUUGACCCAGAAGUCACUAUUCAUCACCUUAAGCCCUGGACCCAGUAUGCUAUUUUUGUGAAGGCCAUUACCUUGCAGGUGGAGGACAAACACAUUACUGGGGCAAAGAGUGAUAUAAUCUACAUUCGCACACGCCCAUCGAUGCCGUCUAUGCCCAAAGACGCCCGUGCAUUUGCCAACUCCUCAACCAAGCUGGUGGUAAAGUGGUCACCUCCAGCUUUUCCCAACGGCAACCUGACCUACUACCUUGUCCGCUGGCAGCAGCAGCCUGAGGACAGGGAGCUGUACCAACACAACUACUGCUCCAAAGAGCUGAAGAUCCCGAUCCGUAUCCCAGCCACAGGGCUCACGGACAUGGAAGAGAACACCAAGCCCACCAAGUCAGACCUGGCAGGGGCAGAGAAGGGCCCAUGCUGUGCUUGCCAGAAGACACCCGAGGAGAAGGACCGGGAGAAAGAUGACCGCGUCUUUCUUAAAGUUUUUGAGAACUUCCUCCACAAUGCCAUCUUUCUGCCAAGACCACCAGAUCGUCGACGUAGAGAUGUUUUCGGUGUGGCUAAUAACACACUGUUUCAUGAGGGUGUUGGUAGGGGCAACACCACCCUUGGCCCGGGUGAAAACAGCACAGAUGGCAUUCCUCCUAUCAAGGAGUACCCCUUCUCAGAGGAGAAGAGCACAGCAGAAUAUUUAGACAUCCCCAACCUGCGGCCCUUCACCGUUUACCGUAUUGACCUCCAUGCCUGCAAUGAGGAGGUGGGGCGCUGCAGUGCUGGAGCCUUCGUCUUCUCCAGGACCAAACCUGCAGUCAGAGCAGACGACAUCCCUGGAAAGGUAAUCUUUGAGAGGAGUGACAAGGUUGAGGGUUGUGUGGUGCUGCACUGGCUAGAACCCAUCAUGCCCAACGGACUUAUUCUGAUGUAUGAGAUCAAGUUCCGUCUGGGGACUGAGCCUGAGAAACACGAGUGUGUGUCGCGACAGCACUACCGCGAGCACAGAGGAGCUCGGCUGACCAACCUGGGCUCCGGGAAUUAUUCUGCUCGUGUGCGUGCCACCUCACUAGCUGGAAACGGCUCCUGGACGGAGAGCGUGUUUUUCUACGUACCUCCGCCCAAACGAGAUGAUGGUGUUACGUUCUACUUGGUCAUCAUAAUUCCCAUCAUAGUGACACUUUUCAUUGCCAGCCUCACCACAAUUCUCUUCUUUGUGAACAAAAAGAGGAAUAGCGACAGAUUGGGGAAUGGAGUUCUUUACGCGUCUGUCAACCCAGAGUACUUCAGUGCUGCUGAGAUGUACGUCCCGGACGAGUGGGAGGUGGCCAGAGAGAAGAUCACUAUGCACAAGGAGCUGGGCCAGGGCUCCUUCGGCAUGGUGUAUGAAGGCAUCGCCAAGGGAGUGGUCAAGGACGAACCUGAGACACGAGUGGCCAUCAAGACGGUCAACGAGUCGGCCAGCAUGAGGGAACGCAUUGAGUUUUUGAACGAAGCCUCUGUCAUGAAGGAGUUCAACUGUCACCAUGUGGUGCGACUGUUGGGCGUGGUGUCUCAGGGCCAGCCAACCUUGGUGAUUAUGGAGCUGAUGACCCGUGGAGAUCUCAAGAGCCACCUGCGCUCUCUGCGCAAAGAAAACUCUACCAGCCAGGUCCUGCCCCCGCUCAAAAAGAUGAUCCAGAUGGCAGGGGAAAUCGCCGACGGCAUGUCGUACCUAAAUGCCAACAAAUUUGUCCACAGAGAUCUGGCUGCUAGGAACUGCAUGGUAGCCGAGGACUUCACUGUGAAGAUUGGAGAUUUUGGCAUGACCAGAGAUAUUUAUGAGACGGAUUACUACCGAAAAGGAGGGAAGGGCCUGCUGCCUGUCCGCUGGAUGUCUCCCGAGUCACUGAAAGAUGGCGUGUUCACUACAAUGUCUGAUGUCUGGUCAUUUGGUGUCGUACUGUGGGAGAUCGCUACCUUAGCAGAACAGCCUUACCAGGGCAUGUCUAAUGAACAAGUGCUGCGCUUUGUCAUGGAGGGAGGACUCUUGGACAAACCUGACAACUGCCCUGACAUGCUGUUUGAGCUGAUGAGGAUGUGCUGGCAGUAUAACCCCAAGAUGCGUCCGUCCUUCCUGGAGAUCAUCAGCAGCAUCAAAGAUGAACUGGACCCCCCCUUCAGGGAAAUGAGCUUCUUCUACAGCGAGGAGAACAAACCGCCGGACACCGAGGAGCUGGACAUGGAGGUAGAAAACAUGGAGAACAUUCCACUGGACCCUGCAUCCACCAGGCAGCCCUCUGCUGCUGCUGCUGCUGCCACCCCCUUGUCUGGGUGUUCAGGGGGCACACCGCCUCCCUCUACCCAGCAGUUAUCCCCCAUGCAAGGCCCUAGUACUCCACUACUGGGACCUGUGUCCCCCUCCUCCCCGGGCCCGGCUGCCUCAGCCCCGGGCCAAGCCUUGGACAAGCACUCAGGACAUGUUUCGGCCAACGGGCCUGUGGUGGUGCUGCGGCCCAACUUUGACGAGAUGCAACCCUAUGCACACAUGAAUGGGGGCAGAAAGAAUGAACGGGCGUUACCACUGCCCCAGUCGUCGGCCUGCUGAUAUCAGACCAGCCCCUCCUCCUCUUUUUACACAGGGUAAACACAAACCUCUUCUCCAUCUCUUAAGGAGGGAUGGAUGAGGUAAGAAAUGACUUUCUUCUACUGUGUGCCAGUAGAUGGUCUCUCCACUCCUUAAAGGUCAAACAUAAACUCUAAAAACUAAAAAUAGCACAGAAACCUGCUAAAUCAUUUGGAGUUUGGUGGCUCAGACUCGACACUGGGGAACUCCUUCCUGUGCAGCCUGUAUUUCAGUCUUUGUUGUACAAGUCCUUCAAGAAGGAAAACAAUACAGGCAUGCAUCCUGACUUACAUAUUUAGACAUGAACUUAAAGAAAAUCUUUUUUUUCUAGCAUAUCUGCCAGCAAAUCCAACAGAAGAGCACUUUUUUUCCUGAUGAUUUUAGAGAGGAUGUUGUGGAUAUCUGAGCGUGUAUUUAUACAAACACAUGAUUCUCUCUAUAUUAUGGUAUGGCUCCAUCUUUAAAUGACUUUCCAACAAAAAUGACUUUGUUUGCAUUCUGAGCAGACUGGCUCAUGUCAUGUGAGCAUGCCUCAAUUAGAAAGUUUGGACUAAGAUCAUUGUUUAAUUUUCCUGUUGCUAUUUCUAUGGGUGUAGAUCCCGUCAGAGGCGGGUCAAAAUGGAAGAGGAGGGCCUAUUGUGUGUCUGCCAAACUAUUGCCAAAUCAAGCUUUUUCUUCAAUUUCAUACAGAUCUCCCUUCUUGUUUAAGGCUGUGAUUCAAAGUCUGUCUGGGAAGUACACCUGAAUUGUUUGGUGGUAUUCAGACUUCACGUUUAUGUUAAGUACCAACUGCUCCCAGAGCAGCUGUGUGUGGUGUUAUAACAGGACAGAAAACAGUGUUUCUGUUGAGACGGUCUGCAUUCACACCUGCACUCAAAGUUUUCUCAGAAUAUGCAGCGUCUGCAUUGGGGGUGGAAUAAAUCUAGCAAGCCUUGUGGUACUUUGAGGAGAAACACAAGACUAAAUUUCUACAAAGUGAUUUGCAUAUAGAGAGAUUAAUAUAAAAGCAAGACUAAGUCUGUUUAAUUCAGGAAAUUAAAGUUAAUGUUUCUGUCAGUUGAAUUGGUUAAAGACAGUUUUUUUAAAACAAAAAUGCCCAAAUUUAAUUUGUUUGAGCUCAUCACGUGUGAGGAUUUGCAUUUUUUUUUGUCUAAUGUGAUAGUAAACUGGACAUGUUUUUGGUUUUGAAAUCAUCUUGGGCAAUCUUCCCUAUUUUCUGCUGUUGCAUAUAACAAACAGUCAGUUAAUCAAGAAAAUAAUUGGCAGAUGGAUUGAAAAUAAUAAUACAUUGUGGACCUUUAUUUUCAGAGGAUUUCAUUUAAAAAGCCAGCGUGCUGUUGCCGGUGAUGGCUGGCUAACCAAAACUUUCUGCUGCACCACCAAAAGUCCAUUGAAAUCCAAGCGUAGCUAAAACUUUCGGAGGGAAUCACACACUUGAGUCAGCCAACUCUGAAUCACAGCCUCAGUCUGUCUUUGUUUUAAUAAUAAAAAUCUAAACAAAAGCACCAUAAGUCUCACACUGCAAAUCACUGAACUUCACAAUCAAGGGAUACGCCUCCGCUUUCAUUUAUUCAAACCUUAAUCUGAAGUGUGCAUUUCUUGUGGGAAGUGAACACUGUUCGCUGAUACUGCUGUUCAAAAUAAAUGGCACCACAAACAAACAAACAAGUGAAGACCUGAGACAGAAAACGAGAAGGGGGUUGGAUAGGAUUUUAGUAGCCUAGAGACUACUUUUAAACCACAGCAGGUCUCUUUUGGAAUAGUCAUUAGUUUCUCUACAUUUCAAACACAUAUAAAGAUCUUACGGUUGUAUUUUAGACUGCAGGAUCGUUUUUAUACACAUCAAUGGUUUUGUCACUUUUUUAAAAACCUUUUUACGGUUCAAAAAUGUUUGCCUCUAUGUCUGUACAGAACAAAAGCUGCUAUUUUAUUCUUUUUUCUCUUUUGGAUGUUAUAUAUAAAGAAAUCCUUCAGGUUCGGUAUUUUAUGGUCUCCACUACAGUCCGUUUCUUAUAUCUUCAAACUCUGUUUAAAAAAAUAAAAUAAAAUAAAACAACAAAAAAUACAAUGAUUUAGAUAUAAAAAAACAUUUUUUUUCUGUUACCCCAAAAGGUUUUCUGUAACACUAUAUUUUGCUCAUUGCCUUUUAUUUUUAUGAAAUCUUUCCUCCUGUAUUUGUUUUGUGGAUGUCUAUAUUAUUAUUAUUAUUAAUAUUAUUAUUAUUAUUUGGAAUGGACACCUUAGCUCGAUGUGUGAGUGUGUACUUUCUGCAUCCUUUUUGUACUUGUUGUCUAGCACUGCACCUAGCAUUGCCCUCUAGGUGCGACUCAAUCUCAGGUCAAAGUAAAGGCUUUGCUUUCUCCACACAUUCUCAUGAUCGUCCUCUACUUGUCUCAUUUUUAACCCCCGCCCCCCUUUUUCUCCCCCCAUCAUGUUUUGUUGAGUCCAGUAGUACCCACUCUCGUUCCCACUGGCCCCUGACUGACCUCUACAACAUACUGUCCCCCCUCCUCUUUUGAAGUCGGGAUCAGUUCCAGUACACAAGAUAUUUACUUUAUACCAGAUCUGGUAUUUUAACCCAUCCAUUUCCUGCCUCUUCUUGACUCAAUAGGGUUAAUUGGGUUGUCUUGUUUGCCUUAAUUAUGCCAACCAUCUCUCAACCAUUCAAAAUAAUUUUUUCCCCACAUUUUCACAAACACACACACACACACUCUCAAACGCAAUACAACGCCACUUCUGCUAAUGUUACUUUUUCAACGUGUGUACAGGUCUUAUUGUUUGUCUUCAUAAUCACUGCUUCUGAAAAACCAAAUAAAGGAUGGGUUAAAGUCCAGGGAAGGGAACACAUUUCAAUGUUAUGAAUGGAUAAAGGUCUUAAAAAUGUAGGCUGAAAAAUGUUUUGAAGGAUUUCUCCUCAUCUUUUGGAAAUGUUGCCUGGUGAUUUUUAUUUUUUUUUCCCUUUCUUUGAAGUUUUUUUUUUUUCUUUCUGUAGGAGUGUUAUUUAUUUAUUUUUUUAUUUUCCUUUUGUGAUAUCAGUUUAAAUCACUGUAUAAAUGCCCCAUAAUUCAGUAUAAAGUUGGAUUUUUUUGUA